AUGGGGGCACCCACAGGCCCUGACAGCCUCUUCGAGCAGCAGUUCUCUGCCCACGGUGCCAUCGGGGAUGUCAACCGCAAGAAUGACCCGCUCUGGUGGCGGGAGGGGCCGUGCACCUUCAAAAUCUGGGCCACUGGCCGCCGCUUCUGCUCCGGCAUGCUGGUGCUCAUUGAGACGCCGCCGCUUCACGACCUUACUAAGCGCAUCGUCCCCCGCGCCUCCAGCGCCCGCGUUGAUAUCGAGGUCGUCAUGCGCGAAGGCGCCAUGGCCCCCAUGGUCCUCGCCACCGCCCCCCUCAAGGGCAUCAAGGCCCUACUCAAAACCAACGCCGACGUCAGGGACUUUACUAAGCGCGUCGAGAUCCCGAAGGACCGCCUCCCCCUGUGGCCCACCGGCGCCGCCGCGGGCGGCGCGGGCGGCGGCGCCGGCGGCGGCUGGGGCGGGAGGGAGCUGGCGGUCAUGUCGGAGAGCCAGGGGCUGUUUUUCGAUCUGUUCGGGGACGCCCGGGUCCAGCAGCUGAUCGCGCGGGACGCGGGGGUGGCGAAGCACCUCAAGCAGAUCAUAUUCUCGACAGAGGGCAGCCUGGGCAAGCCUGACCGCAAGCUCUUCUUCUCAAUGGGUCUGCCGCCGCCGGGCCAGAUGGAGGAGCUGCGCGGCAUCCUGCACCUCGUGCUGCUGUUGACAGACAUAGUUGGGUCCUACAAGCUGGGCGCCGACGCCGCAUCGAAGGCCGCCGCAUUGCGCCAGAAGGUCUCAGCCGCGCGCGAGGAGCGCAAGGGCAAGGAGGAGGCGGGCGCCGGCGGCGGCGGCGGCGGGGCGCAGCAGGAGCGGCAGAUGGCGGCGAUGAUGCGUCGGAUGGACAAGCUGCAGGAGGAGCGGGACAAGGCGAGGCGGCAGGGCCCCAAGGCGCUCGAGAAGUUUGAGGAGCGCCUCCGCAAGCAGCAGAUGAAGAAGCAGAUGAAAAAGUCUACGGUAAAAAUGGGAUGA